AUGGUUUAUCUACUAUUUCUCAUAUUUUUAUGCCAUCUUCUUAACGUGAUUGAUUCUUUUAUUCCUGAAGGUCGUGUAGGACAUUCUGCUGCUCUAGUAGGAAAUAUGAUAUAUUUUUUUGGUGGAAGACUGACAAACUUUGAAUUUUCGAAUGAAGUUUUUCUACUUGAUUUAUCGCAACCUUUUGACACAUUUGCUCCACCAUGGGUUGACCUUUCAUAUUCUGCUUCAGUCCCAUUCCUUAGUUUUGAUGCAACGACUUCAGUUAUCGAUGAUAAUAUUUAUUUAAUAGGAGGAUACAUGUUUGAUCUGAUUAUAAAAGAAGAAAUAUUCGCAUCGUCCGUUUAUACUUUUAAUAUUAAUUCUAUGCAAUGGACUCCUAUCGCGAUUAAAGGUAUAAUGCCUCAAAGAAGAGGACUUAUGAAUUCGGUUUCUGAUCAGGCUGGAAAAAUAUAUGCUUUUGGUGGAUAUGACUAUCCGAAUAAUCAGAAUAACAGCACCAAAGUAUUCAAUGACAUGAUCAUUUUGGAUACAACGGAUUCAAUCUGGUCUUAUGGUACAAAAACCAAUUCCCCACUUCCACGAUAUUAUUAUACCGCAACAAUUUUGUCUGAUGGUGUCAUCGUUUAUAUUGGAGGUUAUGAGGUUGUUGGAUGUGAAUUAUGUUUCCAAAUUGUUGAUAUCUAUCAAAUUAUUCUUUAUGAUACAAAAACUGAUUCGUGGACAAAGAUGGAAGCAGGGGGUGUUGAAAAUAUUGAUCCUCGCUAUUCGCAUACUGCUGUACUUGAUUCUAAUAAUACAAUUAUUGUUUAUGGUGGAAAAAAUUCUGUAAACCAAAAUUCCUCACCGUCUUUAAUUGUUUUAAAUGUAUAUGUCCAACCAUAUGAAUGGAUUAUACCAUCAACUAACGGUAAUUACACUCCUCCGCCACUCGCUGAUCACAGCGCCUUUAUUGUUGAAGAUUAUAUGAUACUCACUUUAGGUAAUUUAACAAUUUCAGAUGAAAAUACAUCGGAAAUCCCGAAUACAAAUGUUUAUUUGCUCGAUUUAAGAGCAUUUAUGUGGGUCAACUCAUUCAAUUCGUCCAAUAGUUCUUCAACUAUUACAACAUCGGUGCAAAUUUCCGAAACUACUUCUCCUGACAGCAAUUAUUCUUCAAAUGCUAAUUAUCAUUUAAAUUCAUUUGAUGGUUAUGAACAAAUAACCACAUUAAAGUGA